GCUUUAUAGAGCUGAACACAUUGGAUUCCUCAGUCAGCAACAUUGGAAGUCAUGGUCCCCUCAGUUCACUGGCUCCUGCUACUGUGGGGACUUCAAGGUCUUUUGGCACAGGACUACGAAGAAGACUAUGAGGAAGAAGUGGUGACCACCAGGAAGAAAAGCAAACUUAAUCCAUCCAAUUCAAUACCGCAAAAUGGCAAAUCACUCUUAAACGAAGAAUGCAAUUUGGAGUUAGCCUUUCUGAUCGACAGCUCGGAGAGCGCCAAAGACAACCAUGCCCAGGAGAAGCGCUUCGCCUUGGAAGUGAUGGCCCGUCUGCAGAACCUCAAGCUGCAGACGGGCCGGGGCCUCCGAUCCCGGGCCGCCCUCCUUCAGUACAGCAGCCACGUAAUCAUAGAGCAGACCUUCAAGCAGUGGAGGGGCAUCGACGACUUUAAGGCCCGAAUCGCUCCCAUCCAGUACAUCGGUCAUGGCACCUACGUCACCUUCGCCAUCACCAACCUCACCCGAAUUUACCUGGAGGAGUCGGACCCCAGCAGCAUCAAGUUGGCCGUGCUGCUCUUCGACGGCGUAUCGCACCCCAGGAACCCGGACAUAUCUUCAGCCGUGGCUGACGCCAAGAACCAGGGCGUCCGCUUCUUCACCGUAGGCAUCACACCUGAAGCCAACGAGCCCGCCAACAUAGCUCAGCUGCGGCUAAUUGCUAGCUCCCCGGCCUCACGCUACCUUCACAACCUGCAGGACAGAGGAGUUGUGGAUAAAUUCAUCAAGGAGAUUACGGCGCUGGCGGAUGAAGGGUGUCCCCUGGCCCUGAGCAAGUGUGAGUGUGACAAGGGUGAGCGGGGAGCCAGCGGCCCUCCCGGCAAGAAGGGUCGUCCUGGAGAAGAUGGAAGCCCCGGCUCAAGAGGACAGAAGGGUGAGGGUGGGCUAGGUGGACUUCCGGGUCGGGAAGGAGCAGAGGGAAAGUCGGGAUACAAAGGAGAGAAGGGAGAGAGAGGGGAGUGUGGCACACCUGGACUUAAAGGAGACAGAGGUCCUGAAGGUACCAUUGGCCCAAGAGGAAAUCGUGGACUUCAGGGUUCGCUUGGUCCACCUGGCGAUAUCGGACCUGAAGGUGUAAUUGGUAAAAAAGGGGAAAGGGGACUUUCUGGGCCACCUGGAAUCCAAGGGGAAACAGGGAUCGGCCUUCCGGGACCCAAGGGUGAUGUGGGUUACCAGGGGCAAACAGGGGCUCCUGGUCCUCCGGGUCUUGGCGAGCACGGAGCACCGGGGCCUCAAGGGCCACAGGGUGUCCAAGGAGAGAGAGGACAGAUAGGAGAAGGUCUCCCUGGUCCAAAGGGAGAGCGAGGCUUGGACGGGCCGCGGGGGCUCAGAGGACAGCCGGGCGCCGGAAUCAAAGGAGGCAAGGGGGACUUUGGCCCUCCGGGUCUUCCAGGGCCCCUCGGCCUCCCAGGAACAGGCAUACAGGGCGAGAAGGGCGUGGAGGGACCAAGGGGGCCACCGGGUGGCAGAGGCUCACCAGGAGAGGGCUUUCCAGGAUCCAAGGGGGACCAAGGUCUGCCGGGCGAGGUUGGCGCCCCAGGAGAGAGAGGGUUCGGAGACUCUGGAGCUAAGGGUGAGCCAGGAUCAACGGGGCUGUCUGGUUUGCCGGGUCUGCCGGGGGAGGACGGAGCCCCUGGACAGAAGGGUGAGCUAGGACCUGGAGGUCUCAGGGGGUCAGAGGGGGCACCUGGAAUUGGCACCCAGGGUGAAAAGGGCGACCAAGGCCAAAGAGGAAUAAGGGGCUUGCCGGGUCCACCUGGCAUUGCCGGACCCUCCGGACCAAAGGGAGAACCGGGGGCACAAGGAAGGGGGGGUUUACCCGGUCCAGCGGGCCGAUUCGUCUCCGGGCCCAAGGGGGAUCUUGGCCCAAGUGGUCCUCCUGGUCCAGUUGGCGAGACUGGCUACGGACUUCCUGGUCCAAAGGGGGACCGCGGAGACUCAGGCCCUGCAGGUCCAUUUGGUCCCAAAGGAGACGGCUACCCCGGCCCCAUGGGUCCUCCUGGCCUGCCUGGACUUCCAGGAGAACCCGGCCAGGAAGGAAUAGGCAUCGCCGGACCAAAGGGGGAUGUUGGUUUCCGAGGGUUGCCAGGUUUACCGGGACCUCCGGGCGAAGGCCUACAAGGACCUCUGGGUAACCCUGGGCGGCCUGGCUCUCCAGGGCCAACAGGGCCACCAGGACAAGGAGUCCAAGGACCAAAGGGUGAACAGGGGGCCCAGGGUGUGACAGGGCCAAGGGGGGUUCCUGGAGAAGGCUUUCCUGGAGCCAAAGGGGACCGCGGCUCGUCAGGGGAGAGGGGCGUGAAGGGAAUCAAAGGAGAAUUUGGAGAUUCUGGAACCCCGGGGGAAACUGGCCGACCUGGUGUCAAAGGUGAAGCGGGCCUCACUAGAGAGGACAUCAUCCGGAUGAUCAAAGAGAUCUGCGGAUGUGGGAUCAAGUGUAAGGAGAGGCCCAUGGAGCUGGUGUUCGUCAUUGACAGCUCGGAGAGCGUGGGCCCGGAGAACUUCGAGAUCAUCAAGGACUUUGUAAACGCGCUGGUGGACCGAGUCACGGUGGGCCGCAACGCCACCCGGAUUGCCCUGGUGCUGUACAGCCUGGAAGUGAAACUGGUGUUCAACCUGGCCCGCUACGUCACAAAACAGGACCUCAAGCAGGCCAUCAGGAACAUACCAUACCUGGGAGAGGGCACCUACACCGGCACGGCCAUCCGUAAAACCACCCAGGAGGCCUUCUACAGCUCGCGCGUGGGGGUAAGCAAGGUGGCCAUCGUGAUUACGGACGGGCAGACGGACAAGCGGGAGCCCGUGAAGCUGGAUAUAGCUGUACGGGAAGCACACGCCGCCAAUAUUGAGAUGUUUGCCCUGGGGAUUGUGAACAUCUCAGACCCAACGCGGUCCGAGUUCAUGAGAGAGCUCAAUCUGAUCGCCUCUGACCCGGACAGCGAGCACAUGCUCCUCAUUGAUGACUUCAACACCCUGCCAGCGCUGGAAUCCAAGCUGGUCAGCCGGUUCUGUGAGGACGAGAACGGAGCCCUGAUAUAUAACAAAAUAACUAACGGCUACAAUGGCUACGGGAACAAUGGCUACAACGGCAACAACGGCAACCGGAAUGGCAACUACGCCGUCAGUGGCUAUGAGUUCCGGCCCUCGACUGAGCAGCAAGUACUGAACGGCCGUCAGUCUGGAACCAACACUGGCACCAGCACCCACAGCCAAGGAGGCCGGGUCGAGACCACCGUACAGGGCAGCAAAGGAUCCAGCACAGGACAAGGAGGAGGAGGGCAGCGUGUGUUCACCGAGACACAUGUUGGAACCGAGCGCGGCGACACAUUUAACCGCAACACCUCAGAGGACUCCUCCAGCACACGAGGCUCCUCCUCUUCUUCAUCGUCUUCUUCUUCUACAAGAAUUACCACAUCAUCCUCAGGUGUAUCCAUAAAGAAUGUGCCUGCACUGAGGCCAGCUCUCCCCAAAGAGAUCGUACCAUUGGACCCCCGCUGCGGCCUGGUCCUGGAUCAGGGCACGUGUCGGGACUAUAACAUCCGCUGGUACUACGACAAGCAGGCCAACGCAUGCGCCCAGUUCUGGUACGGGGGCUGCAACGGCAACAGGAACCGCUUCGACACCGAGGAGGAAUGCAAGAGGACGUGUGUGAUCGUCUGAUCCACCGGAGGCCGAGUGAAGGCAUCUGCCUUACAUCUGCUAUACAUACUUCAAGGAGGGGCAGCUAAUACCAGCCAUUUUUCACAGGGUUAUGUCAAGUCUCUGCACAAUCCUCAGGCAUAUACAUGUACAGAGAUGGUCCAUAUCAAGGUUACAUUUCAGUUUCCAUUGUUUUUGCCCCCCCCUCUUGUGUAAUGUUAAAAUAUCCACUUCUAAUUACAGCGAAAGGGAGCCCAGCUCUGAUAGAUACCUCUGUUCUGUAUUUUUAUAUCAGUAUCUAACACAACAAAUACUUCAUCACUCCUACUCAGGAAUACAGAUGAGCACUCUCACUGUGUGUGUCCACUUCCCCAGGGACCUCCCGCAUCUCUUGGACAUGAUCAUGUUUUUCAUACAGUCUGUGAGUGCUGCAAAGAUUGUGAAAGAGUGGCCAGUAGAAAUGCCUUUUCUAAGCCACAAUCGUAAAUCGCAUCAGUCACUCAAUAACUCAUAAAUACUAAGUGUAGCUAUUGUUUCUUCACUCAAACAAUCACUGUAGGGUGCAUAACCACAAGAGCCAUUUACACACAAGUGAAGCCUCUCAUCACUUAUAAUAUUAAAAUAUAGUUUGUUCUUUGUUCAUAGAAAACAUGACUGAUGUUCUGUAACUUCAUUGAAUCAUUGUGUGUGCUUGAAUGUGUUUUUUUUAUUUUAUAGAUUUUCUGAACGAAUAUGUGAUGUUUUGUGUUUUAAAUGAUUGCAUUCCAUUCUUACCACUAACUAUCUCCAUUUGUUCAACAGUAAACUGAUGCCCUCUACUGGGUAACGCAUGCUGAUGUCACUGAAGUCGGUACUAGAGUGCAAGACACUAGUAUUGUACUGCCGUUGUUGAGCAACCGGUUUGUCACUACAUUACCCAGCUGUACUGACUGUAUAAAUCCAUAUUGUACUGUUUACUGUUACAUAGACAACAUUUGAUGUCAAACCUUUUUAAUAAAUCUGAU